ACCCUAGUUCUAAUUAUGAGCUGCUUCUGGAACCUUCUACAGGUUUCUACACUCGUCGGUUCUUGUAGCUCUUUUCCGGACUAGUUUCUUCUCUUUCCCUUUCUCUUUCUAACAAUUUCUGUUUCUUCUUAAAAAAAAACCACAAUCUCACCUCAUUGACCAUUUAAAGAUCCGUUUUUGUUCAGUAUUUAUUGAAGGAAAAAAUCAAAUAGGUCAAAGUGAAGAAAAGAAAAGUAGAGGAGAUGGGGGUGGAUUAUUACAAAGUAUUGGGUGUAGAUAAGAACGCCACAGAUGACGAUUUGAAGAAAGCUUAUAGAAAACUUGCUAUGAAAUGGCAUCCUGAUAAGAACCCCAAUAACAAGAAAGCCGCUGAAGCUAAGUUCAAACAGAUCUCUGAAGCCUAUGAUGUGCUUAGCGACUCCCAGAAAAGAGCUGUGUAUGACCAGUAUGGUGAAGACGGGUUGAAGGGUGGGGUGCCACCGCCAGGAGCAGGUGGGCCGGGUGGUGGUUCCCCCUUCUUCUCUACUGGGGAAGGCCCCCAGUCAUUCAGAUUUAAUACUAGAAGUGCUGAUGACAUAUUUGCUGAAUUUUUCGGCUUUUCAAGUCCAUUUGGAGGUGCUGGAGGUAGGGGACCAAGGUUUGGUGGUAUGUUUGGCGAUGAUAUGUUUGCAUCCUUUGGUGAAGGAGGAGGCGGUGGUGGCGCAUCAAUGUAUCAAUCAGCUCCAAGGAAAGAGGCUCCCAUACAGCAGAACUUGCCUUGUAAUCUUGAGGAUCUUUACAAGGGUACCACCAAGAAGAUGAAAAUUUCUAGAGAAGUUGCUGAUGCGAGUGGCAAGAGAAUGCAGGUGGAGGAGAUUCUAACAAUCAAUAUUAAACCUGGUUGGAAAAAAGGUACAAAAAUCACCUUCCAAGAAAAAGGGAACGAGCAGCCUGGUGUUAUACCAGCUGAUCUUGUCUUCAUAAUAGAUGAGAAACCUCAUAGAAUUUUCUCACGCGACGGCAACGACUUGAUUGUCACACAAAAGAUCUCUCUGGUUGAAGCAUUGACUGGUUGUAUAGUCCAACUCACUACUCUAGAUGGAAGGAACCUAACCAUUCCCGUCAACAAUGUUAUUCAACCAAAUUAUGAACAUGUUGUCCCGGGCGAAGGUAUGCCGCUUCCAAAAGACCCGACAAAGAAAGGAAAUCUGAGAAUCAAAUUUGACAUCAAGUUCCCUGUUCGUCUGACUACGACCCAGAAAGCUGGGAUCAAGGAGCUAUUGGGUUCUUGAGCUUUAUGCAAGCUUAGUGCUGGUUUGUUGUGAUGUGUACAUAUUUUCAUAGAACCAUUUUAAAGUUAUGGAAUGGGGUGUUGGUUUUAGGCUUAUAGGAAAGAUGCCACCUUAGCGAAGUAGAUUUUUGCGAAAUAUUUUGCUUUGUAUCUUAAGGGUGUUGUUCAGUGGUACCAUUCAACAAUAGCAACGCCAUUUUUGUUCGUCGAAUAAGAUUAAAAAUUUGCAUGGCAGAUUUACUAGUGUCAUCUUGCUUGUCCGUUCUGAAAUAAUAGCUAGUAAAGAAAUAUGGUGUUGUGGUAAAA